AUGAAAUUCAGUCUUAAAUUUGAUAUUAUAUUUUUUGGUCAUUGUCAAACAAAUAUCCAAAUCAAGAUAUUACUUAAAGAACCAUACGAACAUUCGCAUGUACCUGAUCCAGAUCGAUUUCACGUCAUUCGACUUAAAAAUGAAAUUAAACUUCGUGGUACAUUAUCAGAUGAAGGAGCCGGUACGAUAUUAUUUGAUGUAUUACGUACAACUCCAUUAACAGCAACUCCUGGUUCACCUACAAAUGAUGCAUUGUUGCAAAUAAUUCGUCGUGAACGACCACCUAUGAAACUUGAUCAUCAUGGUUGUUUACCUCUUAUAUUACGUUAA